AUGGGACCCUUUCUGGUCAAGGUUGGGCGCAGCAGUGUGAAGCGGUGGAUUUGCCUCUUUACCUGCCUCACCAUCCGCGCAAUCCAUCUGGAGUUAGUACAUAGCCUAACAUCGACCUCCUGCGUAAUGGCUUUCCGCAGGUUUGUGGCUCGACGAGGAGCGCCGAUGGAGAUUUUUUCCGACAAUGGCACCAAUUUUGUGGGAGCUAAUCGCCAGUUAUCUGAGGAAAAGCAGAAUAUAAGGAAAAUUAACGAGACCUGCGCAUCUACGUUUACCAAUGCACUUACCCAGUGGCACUUCAACGUUCCGGCCGCCCCCCACAUGGGAGGUCCAUGGGAACGCAUGGUGCGUUCCGUCAAGGUGGCUAUGCAGGCCAUAUCAAACAGUCCACGUCACCCCAGUGAUGAAGUCAUGGAGACAAUUAUGCUGGAGGCUGAAGGAAUCGUAAAUUCACGUCCACUAACUUACAUCCCUUUAGAAGAUGAGAAUCAAGAAUCACUUACUCCCAACCACUUUCUUCUGUACGGAUCAACGGGUAUCAAACAACCAGCGGUGGAUCCUGUGAACGAUGGGAACGUUCUACGGGACAGUUAUAGACUCUCGCAGUGUAUCAUGAAUGAAUUCUGGCGCAGGUGGACGCGGGAGUAUCUCCCGAUACUGACUCGGCGAACAAAAUGGUUCGAGACAACUAGACCGCUGAAACCAGGUGACUUAGUCAUAGUCGUGGACGAUACAAUCAGGAAUAAAUGGGAGCGAGGACGGAUCCUGGACACCUUCCCGGAUAAAGCUGGACAAGUGCGUCGAGCAAAAGUGAAGACUGCCAGAGGAGUUUUUACUAGGCACGCUAUAAGGCUAGCGGUUCUUGAUGUGGCGGGUCCUGACAAGAAUCCGGGAGACUGUGUUCCAGAACCGGAAGUAGUUCACGGGGUGGGGAAUGUUGCCGAUACCCCUCGUUGCGGCGAAAUAUAAGUGAGCCAACUGUCCGUUCCGUCACACUGAAAGUCAUCUUGACGUGACAAUGACAGAGGAAAGAACAACUGAGUUCAUGAGUAAGCAGAUUAUGAAUAUAAUAAGAAACUUGAACAGUCAGCAGAUUUGAAGAAAAGAUUGUAUUGUAAGAUAAUGAAUUUGAGUUUAUUUGGCAAAUACUAUUUACUUGAAUAUGUUUUGUAUUCCAUAGUUAUAAUUCAGCAGUUAAAUCACCGAUUGUCCUCUAACGUAGUUUGGGGAGAGACAAGUUUGAUUGAUCGUAAUCCACCGUGCGCUUCCUAGUUAGAACAACGACCUUGAACUGAAAUACCGAUAACACUGAAUUUGUAAGUAGUUAACUAUGCACCCUAAAAUCGAUCUGAAAUAAUUAAAUAUACAUUGUAGCUUUGUAGCUGCACAGUACGGCAACUAAAAGAGACGGUGUUCGUUUUUCUACUCACGGGAACAACGGCAGUCACAUGAAAAGGCCUAUUUUAAAAUGGGGUAAUUGAACUCUUUUUGUGUUAUCAAAAAACACCCAUUUUUUGACAUUUCAGUAUUCGAUAU